GAUGCUCACCGCUCUCACAUCACUCAUGAGUCAUCACUGACCGUUUUUCUUUUUUGUCCGAAAACAAUUAGUGCCGGUGUCUUCAAUACACUGCGGGUAAAUUGCUCCUGAAUUUAGGGUUUAGGGUUCCUUGUGUUAGUCUCUCCAUCGAUCGCGAGCUGAGAUUUUAUCGCCUCUUUCGGGGAUUUCGCCGCCGCUGAGCUCCAGUAUUUCGCAGGUUUUGGCUUUUGGGUCAUUCGAGUGCAGUUGAAGAUCGCCACUCUUUUUCAUUUCCUUUGGUUAGAGUUCUGUUAUGGAGGACAUUGAGAAUAUCGAAGAAGAUGAAUUUGGGUUCUCGAGAAAUUACUUUCUCGCGAAAGAAUUGGGUGGAACAAGCAAGAAAUCUGCCCGUAAACUCUCUGAUAUCAAUGUCGUUGAUGAGCAGGAGCUUAGAGCAGCGGCAUCUAACAUCGAAAUGAAGCAUGAGAAAGAGAUUGCUGCACUGAUGGAUGAAUACAAGACUAUGUACCCUAAGUGGGUCUUUGAGCUGCGGUGUGGCUUUGGCCUUUUAAUGUAUGGAUUCGGAUCUAAAAAGGCUCUAAUUGAGGAUUUCGCAUCUUCUUCUUUGACUGAGUUUUCAGUCGUGUUACUGGUUAUCAAUGGCUAUCUCCCUUCUGUAAACCUGAAACAGGUUUUGGCAACCUUAGCUGAACUACUAUCUGAUCAGCUGAAAUCUAAAAGAAAGAGUUCUUCUGCGAGCUUGAGUAAAUGUCAGGAAACGUUUUCUUCUCGUUCGAUAGACGGUCUUCUCUCUUUUCUACAUGGCCCUCAGUCAGAUGACAAAGACUGCUUUGUAUGUGUUGUCAUUCAUAACAUUGACGGACCUUCUCUAAGAGACUCCGAAUCACAGCAAACCCUUGCCCGGCUUGCUUCCUGUUCACAUGUACGCGUCAUUGCCUCCAUUGACCAUGUCAAUUCACCAUUAUUGUGGGACAAGAAAAUGGUUCACACACAGUUCAACUGGUUGUGGCACCAUGUUCCGACAUUUGCACCAUACAAGGUCGAAGGAAUCUUUGUCCCAUUUAUUCUUGCACAAGGAAGCUCGGCUCAGACUGCCAAAACGGCCGCCAUAGUCUUGCAGAGUUUGACACCCAAUGCUCAGAAUGUCUUCAAGAUUCUUGCAGAGCAUCAGCUUUCACACCCAGAUGAAGAUGGCAUGGCGACGGAAAAUCUUUACACGAUGGCUCGGGAACGGUUCUAUGUGAGCAGCCAAGUGACACUGAAUUCACACUUGACGGAGUUCAAAGACCAUGAACUAAUCAAGAUUAGAAGGAACUCUGAUGGACAAGACUGUCUUUAUAUACCUCUUGCCCCUGAAGCCCUUCAACAGCUCUUGCGUGAUCUCAAUCAAUAGCUCUAUCCAAAAAGUUCGAUUUCUGUUUCUCAUUGAAAUUUUUGCUUUCACUGAUAAUUAUGAUUUGAUUUCACCUUAAUUUAUGGGCUGACAAGUGUUCUGUAGACGAUCUUCUUCUGUAUUCAAUUAUUAUUGUAAAUUAUGCUUAUGGAGAGUUGCCUCU